GGUUGCAUUCGUCUGACUCACAGUUUUAACCCCACUAACGUCCUCGGCGACUAUCCCAGCAUCCCCCAAAAGGAACGUAGGUAUAUAAGAUUGCCGGAGCCCGUAAAAUCUCACAAUCACAGUUGACGGUACGUGAAGCGCGUACGGAGAAAGUGUUUGGAAGACAGAAGGAGAGUCUUAAGAGUUAAAAGGUAGAGGGACGUGGAGGAGCAUAGGCGUAUAUAAGAAGUUCGGACGGUAUUGAAGAAACUCAGUGUCGUGAGAGUGAUCGAGAUAAAUAGAGAAUGACAAUGCGGCUCAUCAUUCUGAUGGGCCUAGUGGCUCAGGGCCUGACAUCGCAAGUAGCCUUCCAAUCAUCGUCAUCGUCCCAGGCAGCAUCAUCUUCCAGUCAGCAACAGCAAUGGUCCUGGCAGGGACAGGACCUAGUUGCUGCAGCUGAUACCCAACAAGAAUCGUAUCAUCCACUGACCUUCGAUGCCUCCGAUGACCUGAAGGAGCAGCAGCAACAGUACACUGCUAAUGUUCAGCAAGGAUCCAGUGGAGUAGCUCAAGUACUGGGCCAGUACAACCAGCAAUCGGUGGACACUGUGAUCGAUGAUAUUUUGGUAUCCAAUCGACAGGGAAGAAAUCUGGAAGGUUACGAUGAGGUCUAUGCUGAUCCUGAUGUCAAGAAUGCACUUCAGCUUGGAAACGACACUAUAGCCCGUGCUUAUAUUAAGGACAAGCUGUGUUCACUAGGUCUGAUGAACUGUGAAAAUUUGGAGGGCAGACGUCCAUAUUAUUCGCCACAUCGUGACAUCCAACCUCACGAUAUCAUAUAUGCGCAACCAGUUACAAUUAAACCAGUUGGUCGCCCACUACCAGCAAUUCCCAUUAAGCGACCAUAUGGAUCACCCAAACCAGUUCCAAUUCCACCAAGUUUCGGUUCCGGACCACCUGGUCCUAUUUACUCCGGUCCACCACCGUCCUUCUCUGGUCCCAGCUACGGUCCGCCAUCUUCUUAUCCAGGAAGUCAUCCACCUGGUUUCGGUGGUCCUUUCUCAGGCUUCAAGAAACCUGGACCAAUUUACGGUUCCAAACCUAUUUAUGAGUCCGGGGUCGAUGGCGAGCUAGAUUACGAAGACAAGUUCAUUGAUAAGAAACAGGUGGUGCUGCAGCAGGCUAGCUCUGGUGUUCAGCAACACGUUCAUCAUCAUUAUCAUCAUGGAGAAGGAGGCGUCGGUGACAAUAAGUCACCGACUGUCGUUGUUAAUAAUCCUGGUGUCGUUGCUGGUACACCUGGUCCCAUCAUUGGUCCUGGUCCCAUUGGUAACAAUGGAUUCAACAAUUACGGAUACGGCAAUGGUGGCAAUUAUGGCAGUGGCGGCACUUACGGCAAUUCCUACAACGAUUUUGAGGGAUACAAGAAGGCCUUCAAGGUCAAACCAGCGUCUUCCGGGAACAGUCUGUUUUCUGCCUCCAGCAAUAACUAUGCUGAUCGUUAUCCCAGUUAUGAGAAACCUAAGCAGGAUUCUAUCUUCGCCAAUACAGGAAAAGGAUUUUCAAAUAAUUAUGACAGUAGCAAGCAAUUCAAUUCUGGAUCUAGCAACGGUUUUGGAGCCAGCAACAAUUUAGGAUCGAGCAACGGUUUUGGAUCCAGCAACAAUUUUGGAUCCAGCAACGGUUUUGGAUCCAGCAACAAUUUCGGUUCCAGCAAUGGGUUCGACAAUGGAUUUUCCUCAUCCAAUUACGACGACUGUGUCUGUGUACCAUAUGAGCAAUGUGCAACGAUCGAUCAAAUUGGACGCAAGGAUGAUCUAUAUCUAGCAAUAGAUCCUCGUAACCUCGGCAAAGAUAUUGAAGCUGAAACUGUAGAGGUCGUCCUUACCGACGGUAAAGGUAGCAUGAGCGUGGUACGUGUACCAAAAGGUGUAAACGCAACGGAACAGGCAGAACAAACCAAAGAGCAAGAGGUAAAGAAGACAGAAACCAGCAACGAGAAAGCUGAGGAAGCCUCGAAAGAGAAAAAAGAAAAAGUCGAGGAUACCAAGAGAGCCAAGAGAGACGCAAAAGCAGCAGACGAACCUGCCACCAAAAAGGCAAAUGCACAGGGCCGUCUGAUCGUUGGCGAUUUGGAUACGUCUAAACUGAACCUGAAGCCAACCUGGGGAGUGAGUUUCGGAUUGCCACAAACAGCUGGUGGAAACUACCCGAUCAAUCCUUACGGAGGUGACUCGUUAUUAAAUCCAUACCCUGGAUACGGUGCCGGAGCUCAAGGAAUAAACCUUGGCCUGGUCUCGGUGAACCCUCUGGUGGCAGUACAAGUAACUAAGGACGAAUAUGGCGAGAAGGUCGUUAAGCCUUUUGUUAAUUUACAUGUGACGCCCAAUCAAGGCCUGGUACACAAACUCGGCGACAUUUUGUCAUACAAGAAGCAAGUUCUUCUCGGUCAUGGCGGAGGACAUUACGCACCUCAAUAUUAUCCGGCUGGACCACCUGUUUACGAAAAGCCGAUAAUCGUCGAAAAGCCUAUACACCAUUAUCCACCUAAACCUUAUUAUCCAAAUUAUGGUGGUCCAGUUUAUCAUGAAAAACCACAUCAUCAUUAUGGCAAACCUCAGUUUGGUGGUUACGGUAACUACUACAGGCAGGAAAACGAUUACGAAGACGAUUACAAUAACGGAGAUUACGCUGAUUACGGAGAUGAAUAUUAUAGAAAUUCAAAAAUCAAUAAUCCCAAUGGCAGCCAAAACGUACAGAAAAUCGUAAAUUCCAAUACGGCUGAUAACAGGGAUCAAGGUCGUACUGGGAAGGUUGCUUUCCCAGAGAGGAGGAAACGGGAUGCUGUUAGCCAUGACAUGGUCCAGGAGAGACAAUUCGGACGUCCUCCCGUAUGUGGACCACGACACGUGUGCUGUCGUAGACCUCAGAUAACCGGAAAUCGACCCCGUCCAGGUCAAUGCGGCGUGAGACACAGUCAAGGAAUCAAUGGUCGUAUCAAGACUCCAGUAUACGUAGACGGAGAUUCUGAAUUUGGAGAAUAUCCCUGGCAAGUAGCAAUCCUGAAGAAGGACCCUACCGAGAGUGUCUAUGUAUGUGGAGGAACCUUGAUAUCUCCACGUCACAUUAUCACCGCAGCUCAUUGCGUCAAGACCCACGCUGGUCGCGACUUGCGCGCUCGCCUUGGCGAAUGGGACGUCAAUCACGAUGUUGAAUUCUUCCCCUACAUCGAAAGGGACAUCGUUAGCGUCUACGUGCAUCCUGACUUCUACGCAGGUACCCUGUACAACGAUAUCGCCAUCCUGAAGUUGGACCACGACGUUGACUUCGACAAAAAUCCACACAUCAGUCCAGCCUGUCUGCCAGACAAGCAUGAUGACUUCAGUGGUACCAGGUGCUGGACAACAGGCUGGGGUAAGGAUGCUUUUGGGGAUUUUGGAAAAUACCAAAAUAUCCUCAAGGAAGUUGACAUCCCCAUUGUCAGCAAUGCUCUGUGUGAGCAUCAGAUGAGAAAGACGCGACUUGGACCCAGCUUCAAUCUUCAUCCUGGCUUUGUCUGUGCCGGCGGCGAAGAGGGUAAGGACGCCUGCAAGGGUGAUGGCGGCGGUCCGAUGGUUUGCGAAAGACAAGGACACUGGCAACUGGCAGGAGUCGUUUCCUGGGGUAUAGGAUGCGGCCAAGCUGGUGUUCCUGGAGUCUAUGCUAGGGUGUCUUAUUAUCUCGACUGGAUACAACAGAUCAUUAAUCAUCUAAGCAAAAUGCCAAUAAAAUAUAUUGGUCGCAAGACUGACUUCAAGGGUAAAACCUUGUGGGAAAUUUUGGGUAAUUUGAAAGAUUUUGGUGUUGGUAGAAUCAUAGUCAGAAACAGAUUUCAAAAGUAUCCCGAACCAACCUAUAUAAAAAUUGUGAAAGUUGCGGCAUUGCCUAACGACUUCCGAAAGGUUGCUGCUCUUGUUCAGAAAACCUUCAGGGGUAUAACCGAUAAAAAUCUUGUGCAAAUAGAUAGAUCUAGCUACAAGGCAGAUUACAUACUUAUUCCUAAAGAUGAGGAAUACAAGUAUUGCCAACCUCCUAAAGAGACAAAUCCAGUGAUACUACCAAGAACCGUAGACUUUCCUCCGUUGCUGAAAGAACUUGUACUUAGAGAUAUGAAAGCUGCUGGGACACCUGUCACAGAGGAGCCAAGAUUGCAGUUGCAUUAUAAUAUUACUAACUCGAACAUAAAAAAAUAUAGACCUGCAAAAGAGGGGGAGAAACCAGAUAUUGAAUUUACCAUGAGUAUGGGUAAACCUACUCAUUCUAUCUUGUACGCCAAUAUUAAACAAUAGAACUUUUGUUUAUUUUACCUGUAAAAUUGUAUAGUUGGUUUGAAAUAUAGGUUUACCUUUUAAUUCAAAA